AUGUCACCAAAAAUCAAGAUCAUUUCACAUAAUGUCAGGGGCCUCAAUUCUGAUGUCAAAAGAAAAAUAGCAAUUACACAAUACACGGAAAUGGGAGCCAAUAUUCUUUUUUUACAAGAAACCCACUUCCCUAAGGGCCAGAUUCCUCGAUAUUGGUCUAGAUAUUUUAACCAGCAUUAUCAUGCAACUACUUCCACUAAAAAACGAGGAGUGUCUAUCCUCAUCCAUUCAUGUCUACAAUUUACUCACGAUACAGUGAUAGCUGAUGAGGAGGGCAGAUAUUUAAUAGUAGUAGGACAGAUAGAUAACGUUAAUGUGAUGCUCUGCAACAUAUAUGCCCCCAAUGAAAAGCAUGAACAGUUCUUUAGACAAAUUACUUAUUUGCUCACAGACUGGUCACAACAUAAACUUAUACUAGCAGGUGACUUUAAUAUCUGCAUGUCACAAUUGAAGACUACCCCACAACACGCACUGACCAAAAAACAACAAAGACACAAUCAUACGGUCAAAACAAUUCAAAAUCUACUAGCACCACAUGCUCUUAUAGAUACUUGGCAAACCCUUUAUGGAGAUACAACAGACACUACAUUCUACUCCGCAGCACACAAUACAUACACCAGGAUUGAUUACAUAUAUAUCAGUCAGAUACUUCAACCUGUCUUACAAUCAUCACGGAUACUGCCAUGUACGUGGUCAGAUCACUCAAUAGUCUCUCUCCAUUUAGAAGGGACACAAGAUGUCAAGAGAGAAAAAUCUUGGACAUAUGAUUCUAGCUUUUUCAAACACCCACAAACCUAUGAGAAUACACUGAAACAUCUACAGGAAUAUUGGCAAUUGAAUAUAGAUUCCACAGACAAUCCGUUAAACACAUGGGCAGCCCAUAAAGCAGUCAUACGGGGGAUUCUCAUGCAGAAUAAAUCAACUUAUCUUAGACAAAAAAGAUCACAGACAACCCAACUCCAACAGGAGAUUGGAAGUUUAGAGAAACAACAUAGAAUGUCAUUGAAACAAUCCCUGUUAAACACUUUACAACAAAAGAGAGCCGAAUUAGCAAAGAUCCAGAGAGCUGAUGCAUGUAGAGCCAUUCAGAGGUUAAAAGUCCAAUAUUACAUAUAUGCCAACAAACCCGAUAGGUAUUUGGCUCACAAAAUUCGGGAGCGAAAUAAAACAUUGACUAUUUCCUCUAUUCUGAACAGCAAGGGAGAAUUAACAACCCACCCACAAGAGAUAGUUGACGAAUUUGCCCUAUAUUAUAGCAAAUUAUAUGAUGGGAACAAAGUGUCUAGAUCACCAAGGUUAGAUAAGUUGACAGAGACAUUUCUUGAAACAGCCCAAUUACCUAAAUUCACCAAAACAGAUCUAGACCACUUGGGGGCCUCCGUGACAGCGCCUGAGGUUGCACAGGUGAUCAAAGAACUAAAAUUAGGCAAAGCGGCAGGACCGGACGGUUUCCCCGGAGACUACUAUAAGCUUUUUAAGGAGAGUUUAAUACCACAUAUCACUACAUUCUGUAACCACAUUUUGGCCGGUAGUGAGAUACCGACGGAGCUGUUGCAGGCAAAAAUAGCGAUCAUACCCAAACAAGGGAAAAAUAUCAAACUCUGCUCCAGUUACCGUCCUAUCUCUCUUAUCAACCAAGAUCUAAAAAUCUUCACCAAAAUCCUAGCCAACAGACUCAAAACGGUUCUACCAUCUCUCAUUCACCCAGACCAAGUAGGUUUUAUUAAAGACAGAGAAGCCCCUGACAAUAUAAGACGGAUGUUGCUCAUAAUUGACUACCUACACAAGACGGGUUCUAAUUAUACAAGCCCACUCCCUGCUCUGGGCACCAUGAACUCUACCCGACUGGCAACAGAGCACAUUGCCUCCCCCGGUGCAGCCCUGUCAUGGCAGGCAGCCAUUGAUGCAGCCCCGACAGGCCAAGUUAAUGGGCAUGCCGCCAAUGCCACCAUAUCCACGAGUCAGCUCCACGCAGAGGGAAGCGGCAACAGUAACAGCAAACAGAAGAAGCAGGGAAACACAACAGCCACAAGGCCGCCUCGGGCUCUGCUCUGCCUGACCUUAAAAAAUCCUAUCCGCAUGAGCCUGUAUCAGUCAUUGUGGGAGUGGAAACCAUUUGAAAUCAUUAUUUUGCUGACUAUUUUCGCCAACUGUGUGGCCUUAGCCGUCUACAUCCCUUUCCCAGAGGAUGACUCCAAUGCUACAAACUCCAACCUGGAACGGGUGGAAUAUCUCUUCCUCAUCAUAUUUACAGUGGAAGCCUUCCUAAAAGUCAUUGCAUAUGGGCUUCUCUUUCAUCCCAAUGCUUACCUACGAAAUGGCUGGAACUUGUUGGAUUUCAUCAUUGUUGUAGUAGGGCUUUUCAGUGCCAUAUUAGAGCAAGCUACAAAGGCAGAUGGUGGCAGUGCCAUUGGAGGCAAAGGAGCUGGUUUUGAUGUGAAGGCACUGCGGGCAUUCAGAGUCCUGAGACCUUUGAGGCUGGUGUCUGGAGUUCCCAGUCUCCAGGUAGUUCUGAACUCCAUCAUCAAAGCCAUGGUGCCAUUAUUGCACAUUGCAUUGUUAGUGCUAUUCGUCAUUAUCAUCUACGCCAUCAUUGGAUUAGAACUCUUUAUGGGCAAAAUGCACAAGACAUGUUACUUUAUGACAGAUGGAUAUCCAGUCCCUGCAGAGGAUGAGCCCUCCCCCUGUGCCCUGGAUAGCAAUAAUGGCCGACACUGUCCCAAUGGAACCAUUUGCAAAUCAGGUUGGGAUGGACCCAAACAUGGCAUCACAAACUUUGACAACUUUGCCUUUGCCAUGCUUACUGUCUUCCAGUGCAUCACCAUGGAGGGCUGGACGGAUGUGCUCUAUUGGAUGCAGGAUGCAAUGGGAUAUGAGCUACCUUGUGUGUACUUCGUAAGCCUUGUUAUCUUUGGAUCAUUUUUCGUUCUGAACCUGGUUCUUGGUGUCUUGAGCGGUGAGUUUUCCAAAGAGAGAGAGAAAGCCAAGGCUCGGGGGGACUUCCAGAAACUAAGAGAGAAGCAGCAACUGGAGGAAGACCUCAAAGGCUACCUUGAUUGGAUCACCCAAGCAGAAGACAUAGAUCCUGAGAAUGAAGAUGAAGAUAUUGAUGAGGAUAAACCUCGAAACAUGAGUAUGCCGACCAGUGAGACAGAGUCUGUGAAUACGGACAAUGUUGGCAGUGGAGAUGUGGACGAGGAGAGCUGCGGCGUGCGUCUUGCGCACAGGAUUUCCAAGUCUAAAUUUAGUCGCUACUGGCGGAGAUGGAACCGGUUCUGUCGGAGAAAGUGUCGGGCGGCAGUGAAGUCAAAUAUCUUCUAUUGGUUGGUUAUAUUCUUGGUGUUCCUGAAUACACUCACUAUUGCAUCCGAGCACUACAACCAACCGGAUUGGCUCACUGAAGUUCAGGACACAGCCAACAAAGUCCUUUUGGCUCUGUUUACAGCAGAAAUGCUUUUGAAGAUGUACAGUCUUGGGCUCCAAGCUUACUUUGUCUCACUCUUUAAUCGUUUUGACUGUUUUAUUGUCUGUGGGGGGAUCCUGGAGACGAUAUUAGUGGAAACCAAAAUUAUGUCACCUUUGGGUAUUUCUGUCCUUCGCUGUGUGCGUCUACUCAGAAUAUUCAAGAUAACCAGGUAUUGGAACUCUCUAAGUAAUCUUGUGGCCUCCUUGCUAAACUCUGUGCGCUCAAUUGCGUCUCUGUUGCUCCUCCUCUUCCUCUUCAUUAUAAUCUUCUCUUUGCUGGGAAUGCAGCUUUUUGGCGGAAAGUUUAACUUUGAUGAGAUGCCAACUCGCAGAAGCACAUUUGAUAACUUUCCACAAGCCCUGCUCACUGUCUUUCAGAUCCUCACUGGAGAGGACUGGAACUCGGUGAUGUAUGAUGGGAUCAUGGCGUAUGGAGGGCCCUCAUUUCCUGGGAUGUUGGUCUGCAUUUACUUCAUCAUCCUCUUCAUCUGUGGCAACUAUAUCCUUCUGAAUGUCUUCUUGGCCAUUGCUGUGGACAACCUGGCAGAUGCUGAGAGCUUGACCUCUGCACAGAAAGAAGAGGAGGAAGAGAAAGAGAGGAAGAAGUUAGCCAGGACGGCCAGCCCUGAAAAGAAACAGGAGAAUGAGACCUUGGGAAAGUCUCCAGUUCCAGCCCAAGAUGAAAGCAAGGAGAAAAUAGAACUGAAGGCAAUCACAGCAGAUGGGGAGUCCGCUCCUGCUACAAAGAUCAGUGGGGAAGAUUUCCCAUCCAAUGAGAAUGAAGAGAAGACACCCUACCCUCCUAGCAGCAAUGAGAAUCCUGGAGAAGAGGAGGAGGAGGAGCCUGAGAUGCCUGUUGGUCCUCGACCACGCCCCCUGUCUGAGUUACACAUUAAAGAAAAAGCUGUCCCCAUGCCUGAAGCCACUGCUUUCUUUAUAUUUCGUUCUGACAACAGGUUCCGAGUGCAAUGCCACACAAUUGUGAACAACAACAUCUUUACAAACCUCAUCCUAUUCUUCAUCCUACUGAGCAGCAUUUCCCUGGCAGCAGAAGACCCCGUUAGGCACUUCUCCGUCAGAAAUCAAGUUCUGUUUUAUUUCGAUAUAGUUUUCACCGCCAUUUUCACCAUAGAGAUAGUCCUGAAGAUGACAGCCUAUGGAGCUUUUUUACAUAGGGGUUCCUUCUGCAGAAAUUACUUCAACAUCCUUGACCUUUUGGUUGUCAGUGUCUCCCUCAUCUCAUUUGGAAUCCAAUCCAGUGCCAUCAAUGUGGUAAAGAUUUUGCGAGUCCUUCGUGUACUGAGACCUCUCAGGGCAAUAAAUAGAGCCAAAGGACUAAAGCAUGUAGUACAAUGUGUAUUUGUGGCCAUCCGCACCAUUGGUAAUAUAGUCAUCGUCACCACUUUGCUACAGUUUAUGUUUGCCUGCAUUGGUGUACAACUCUUCAAGGGUAAACUGUACAGCUGCAGCGACAGUUCCAAAAUUACAGAGGCUGAAUGCAAAGGGAAGUACAUCACUUACAAAGAGGGAGAUGUUUCACAGCCCAUGAUGCUGGAACGAAAUUGGGAAAACAGCAAAUUUGAUUUUGACAAUGUCUUGGCAGCAAUGAUGGCCCUCUUUACUGUCUCCACAUUUGAGGGGUGGCCAGAGCUGUUAUAUCGAGCUAUCGACUCUCACACUGAGGAUGUGGGUCCCAUCUACAACCACCGUGUGGAGAUUUCCAUUUUUUUCAUCAUCUACAUCAUCAUCAUCGCCUUCUUCAUGAUGAACAUCUUUGUUGGUUUUGUCAUAGUCACAUUCCAGGAGCAAGGAGAACAGGAGUACAAGAACUGUGAACUGGAUAAAAAUCAGCGUCAAUGUGUGGAAUAUGCCCUGAAGGCUCGCCCUUUGAGAAGAUACAUACCCAAAAACCAGUACCAAUACAAAGUGUGGUAUGUGGUUAACUCCACCUACUUUGAAUACCUCAUGUUUGUUCUCAUCUUGCUCAACACCAUCUGUCUGGCCAUGCAGCACUAUGGACAGAGCUGCUCGUUUAAAGAAGCAAUGAACAUUCUCAACAUGUUAUUUACUGGCCUCUUCACCGUGGAAAUGAUCCUGAAACUCAUUGCCUUCAAACCAAAGGGUUAUUUUAGUGACCCUUGGAAUGUCUUUGACUUUCUCAUCGUAAUUGGCAGCGUAGUUGACGUCAUUCUCAGCGAGACCAAUCCAGGUGAACAUACCCAAUGCUCCUCCUCUAUGAAUGUGGAGGAGAACUCCCGAAUCUCCAUCACCUUCUUCAGGCUUUUCAGAGUAAUGCGUCUUGUGAAGCUUCUCAGCCGUGGGGAGGGGAUUCGGACCCUGCUCUGGACCUUCAUCAAGUCGUUCCAGGCUCUCCCGUAUGUGGCUCUGCUUAUUGUCAUGCUGUUCUUUAUCUAUGCUGUUAUUGGCAUGCAAGUCUUUGGGAAGAUAGCUAUGAAUGACACUACAGAAAUAAACCGGAAUAAUAACUUUCAGACCUUCCCUCAAGCCGUCCUGCUGUUGUUCAGAUGUGCCACAGGUGAAGCCUGGCAGGAGAUUAUGCUUGCGUGCCUCCCUAACAAGAAGUGUGAUCCAGAGUCUGAGAGCCAUCACUCCACAGAGGGGGAGUUUUCUUGUGGCAGUAGUUUUGCUGUAUUUUACUUCAUCAGCUUCUACAUGCUCUGUGCUUUCCUGAUCAUCAAUUUGUUUGUUGCCGUCAUUAUGGAUAACUUUGACUACCUGACGCGGGACUGGUCCAUAUUGGGUCCUCAUCAUCUAGAUGAAUUUAAACGAAUUUGGGCAGAAUAUGACCCGGAGGCAAAAGGUCGUAUCAAACAUUUGGAUGUAGUUACUUUGCUAAGGCGAAUUCAGCCCCCUCUGGGGUUUGGAAAGCUGUGUCCUCAUCGUGUGGCCUGUAAGCGUCUUGUUGCGAUGAAUAUGCCAUUAAAUAGCGAUGGGACGGUCAUGUUUAAUGCUACGCUGUUUGCUUUGGUUCGGACAUCAUUGUGCAUCAAAACAGACGGAAACCUGGAACAGGCCAAUGAGGAACUAAGAGCUAUCAUCAAAAAGAUCUGGAAGAGAACCAGCAUGAAGCUGCUGGACCAGGUGGUCCCUCCAGCAGGUGAUGAUGAGGUCACAGUUGGAAAAUUUUAUGCAACUUUUCUGAUUCAGGAAUAUUUCAGAAAAUUCAAGAAACGCAAAGAGCAAGGGCUUGUUGGAAAACCUUCCCAGCGCAAUGCGCUCUCUCUGCAGGCUGGCCUGCGCACUUUGCAUGACAUUGGGCCUGAGAUCCGGCGAGCUAUAUCUGGGGAUCUAACAGCUGAAGAAGAGUUGGACAAAGCCAUGAAGGAAGCUGUGUCUGCAGCAUCGGAGGAUGACAUCUUCAGGAGAGCUGGAGGACUGUUUGGGAACCAUGUGAGCUAUUACCAGAGUGAGGUUCGGAGUGCAUUUCCCCAAACCUUUACUACCCAGAGGCCCUUGCACAUCAACAAGACUUCUGGGGGUCCAGGAGACAUAGAUUCUCCAUCUCAUGAGAAACUGGUGGAUUCGACCUUUACCCCCAGCAGCUAUUCUUCCUCUGGUUCCAAUGCCAACAUUAAUAAUGCCAACAACAAGGCCCUGGUGCGCCUCCCCAGCCUCCCUUCAUACCAGAGUACUGUCUGCACUGUGGAGGGACAGAACCAUCCUGUACGUGCUCACCGCUCUUGGAAACUUAGUUCUAAAAGCUCAGUAUCCAGGGAUAGCCGCCUGCCUAUCAUAUGUCGGGAGGAGGCAUCACAGGACGAGACGUAUGAUGCCAGUGAGGAAGUUGAAUAUAGCAGUGAACCCAGCCUUCUUUGCUCUGAAAUGUUUUCUGACCAGGAUGAGGAGAGCCGUCAGCUAACCCCAUCUGAAGGAGAGGUUGACCAGGGGCUCUGCCAAUCUCCUAAGAAAAGCUUCCUGCGCUCAGCCUCAUUAGGCAGGAGAGCAUCAUUCCACUUGGAGUGCCUGAGGAGGUACAGGAACCAGGUGUCUGAAACCUCACCAAAAGCCGUCUUACCGCAGCUUCAUCUGGUGCACCAUCAGGCAUUAGCUGUGGCUGGCCUCAGUCCCUUACUAAGAAGGAGUCAUUCCCCUACAGCCUUCUCACGGCUAUGUUCUACACCGCCUGCAACACCAUGCUCGCGAGGAUGGUCACAGCUAAACACACCAGCCCUGAGACUGCACGGAGAAACAGGGUCCCAAGGGAACCUGAACAGCAGCUUCCCCUCCAUGCACUGCAGCGACUGCAGCCUCGGACGAGAUCGUCCAGCCUCCCUCACAGUGCCCUGCCAUUCCCGGGACCAUGCCCGGCAGCACCAUGGUAGUGCCAGCAGUCUAGUGGAAGCGGUGCUGAUCUCAGAAGGACUGGCGCAGUUCGCUCAGGAUCCACACUUCCUGCAAGUGGCUACACAUGAGCUGGCAGAUGCCUGUGAUAUGACGAUAGAAGAGAUGGAGACCGCAGCUGACAGCUUUCUGAAUGGCAAACCCAGUUCCAAUGGAAAGCUCUCACCUUUUUCUAAUCGUAGGGACCAGGGGUCAGACUGUGCAGGGGGAGGGUCAGAUGAACCAGAACACUCAUCAGGCUGCCCGGUCAGUGAAGGGGAGCAGGAGGACUGCCGAGUAUAUGUGAGCAGCCUGUAGCAAAAGAGCUUCAGAUGGACCAUAGAGCCACAGAUACGCCAAUUUGUCGGAGGUUGGAUGUUUUAUUGGAGUUUUUGAGCUCCUUUCUCAGUUUUUUUUUUGAUGUUCCUAAUCGGUUUGUUUCAGAAGUGCCUCACUGUUCUCGUGACCUGGAGUGACCAGAACAGCGUUCUUCAUCCAUUUAAGUUGGGACGGGAGGGAAAGGCAACCGGAGCUGAUUUUGUGCAUUUUUGGAGGAGCAGCAGCUGGAAUUUCUCGGGAGCCUCCUUACUCCCUGUAAAGGUCCCGGUUUGUACGACAUCUGUUUGUAAAGCGUAGAUCUCAAAAGGAACAUGGUUGGACCUGCAUAAAUUCAUAUUUUUCUUCCUUGUAAGGACUGGAGAAGGUUUUGAGCCUUUAUAUAGCAUGUAGGAAGUCCUCAGAUAAGUAGAGUUGUCAUCUAACCACAGUUUACUGUCAAGCUGAACAAGCCAAAAAAAAAAAGAUUUAUUUUUGCUAGUUCAAAAAAACAGCAAAGCUGCUUAACCCUCUAAUUAUGUCCUAGUUAUUGAAUCAGCAGUAUUUUUCUUCCUUUUUAGGGUUGCCAAGGUCUAAAGAAAAAUGAAUGUACUAAGAAUACUAUUAUUUUACAGCAUUAGUUCCAUUGUUUUCUGCCUAGAAUUUGUUCUUAUGUUUCACAGCUAGAAACCUUUCUAUUAUUUUAUAACAUAGUAGAACAUCAUAUUCCUCAGCUUAGCACUUGUUAUGCACACUAUCCACUCCAAAUAGAUAGGGUAUAAGUAGUCCCAUGGAAUCUAAGUUAAAAACCUUUGCUGCAUACUGCAGAGAAAGCAAAACAUUUUACUGCUUGCCCUUUUUAAGUAAAUUAGGACUAGCCAUAUUACAUUUUAUCACAUCCUAGAAUCUUUUUAAUUUCAUUACUUACUUGUUUCAUUAUAGUUUUGUCCAUUUAAGGUACUUAAUUGAAUUCUAGGUUUAGUGAUGCUUCCCUGUGUUGGACAAAAGAACACAAACUAAUGUCAUAAACACAAACCUUAAAAGACAAAAUAGAGGACGGGGUGGGAGUUUUGGCUAGAUAUUAUGGAAGUCCCAUUACAUUCUAGAAGUGAUGACUAGAUUAACCAUUUAUAGUUCAGGAAGAAAAAAAAGAUAUUUAUUUAUAUUUCCAAAAUACCAUGAAAGAGAAAGAUUUGCUAAGUUUCUGCUGCUGUUACAACAUAUCAGCUUAGCUGUGACCUCUUUAUUUGUGACAUCAAUGGAGGUUACUUUAGCAACAUUUUAAAAAGCUAAAAACCCAAACCCAUACUCUGCCAUUAUUAAACCUCCAUUGUAUUAGACAAAUCUCUGGGUCUGGUUUUCUGAUCAAUCUGACAGUUUAAUCUGGGAAGUAAUACACCUGAUUCACUACAUUUAUAGCUGAUAUUUAAUGUAUUUCUGAUCCUUUUUAUAGCUUAUAAAACUAACUUCAAAACUGCUAAGGAAAAAACAAGGAAGAUGCUUUGUGUAGCAAUGUCUAAGAAAAAAUACUAUAGAGAAAGGGGGGACCACAAUUAAGUGUACUAAAUAGAAAACAUCAAACUCUAGGGCUUGACAAAUCCUGGGAGCCACUGCUCUUAAAAUGCUAUUUCUGGCUUGUUUUUUAUUAUUAUAAAAAAAAUGUAUAUGCACCAUUUUUCUUGGCUUACAAUACAAUAUUUUGUCUGGCUCCUACGUUUCAUAAAAUUUAAAGGGACACUAAACUCAAAAAUGCCUAUCAUGUAUACGAAAGAGCUUCCAUUAAAAAUGCUAAAAUGUUUUUUCAUAAAAUAUUUAAAAUAUCUUCUUUUAGAAAUAACAAAGAAAAACUUUAAUGGUUCUUUAGGCUUAAUACAGCUAUAUUUACUGACACCUAUAAAUAUCUGCCCUACAAAAAGACAUUUUUUUAAAAACAUUUAUGUUUCCUCUAUACCAAAAGAGAAAAAAGUAAACUGAAAUUUAAUGCUAGAGAUUUAAAAAUGUAAAAUCUACCCUUUAAAGGUCCCAAGUAUUUUCACGAUUUGAUAUUCUUUUGAUUUAUAAUAAAAUAUUUUGUUUUUUUAGUUCCAGAGAAUAGGUUACUCUCACCCCUCCUGGUCUGUGCUCAAAAGUUGUAUUGAAAAAGCAGAAAUAAGAUUUAAAGAUCCAUAUAAGAAUUAAAUUAAAUCUGGAGAGAAUUUCUAGGCACGGUAGAAGCAAUACAGUCAGUGAGAUUUUCUAAAAUAAGUAAGUUUUCUAAGUUAUAAUGAUAGUGGAUAUAUACAAUUUUAUACUUCAUUUAUAUAAACAAUGCUAAGAAAGAAAAACAUUAUAAUUAUGAAUAUAUGAGCAUCAAAUAUUUUGUAGUUAUCACUAGAACCAAUAUUUGUUUUUACCAUCAUUAAUUUUAAUUGCUCAAAUUAUGAAUUGGUAAGUGUGACAAUCUAAAUUCCUUGCACUCUUAUACAAUCGCAAUCUAUCAUACAAAAAAAUUAAAGAACAUCUAAAAUAAAACCGUUAAUAAAUAUAAAAAUAGAAGUAUAAGUGUAUUUAUGUAAAACAAAAUUCACUCUAGCAUGAAAAGGUACUGGCUUUAUAAACCAUACCAAGAAUGCAGCUGAAGCUGAUAAGAUAUUUAUUGAACCCAUCAUAACUGUCAUAAAGAAACUUGUGCAUUUCUGAAGUCGCUUAUAUUUAAACAUCUCAGCUCUUGUGAGCUGCUGGUGCAAUGCUGAAUACGGAGAGCGUAUUGCUGUCCGUAUUCAGCGAGGUCUGGCGGACCUGAUCCGCACUGGCUGAUCAGGUCCGCCAGACUUUGAUAAAUAUAGGCCUAAGAGACUUUCCAUUCUUAUGUUACUCUAUAAGGUAUAUUCACUAAUAGUCACUUAUCUCUUCAUUUGCAGUAAAUAUGCUAAGUAAUAGUAAGUAGAAGACCUGCCAAUUAAAAAUGGACAGGCAAUGGGUAAUCAUUUUAGGAUCUAUUGUGUGGAAAGUUAGGGGGAAAGUAUCCAGUAGCCAAAGAAACAAAAUCGCAGAGCUUGGGACAUAGAGUAGCAUAAUAAGAAAGCCAGGAAAUGGUAAGGUAGCAAAUGUCAGGAAAGAAAGAUGCAGAAUGAGAUGGGAGAUGAAACAGCAGAAUAAGAGCGCAAUGGAGAGUGAGAGGCAGAAUGAGAGUGUAUAGGAGAUGGAGAUGCAGAAUGAGAUGGGAGAUGAAACAGCAGAAUGAGCGCAAUGGAGAGUGAGAGGCAGAAUGAGAGUGUAUAGGAGAUGGAGAUGCAGAAUGAGAUGGGAGAUGAAACAGCAGAAUGAGAGCGCAAUGGAGAGUGAGAGGCAGAAUGAGAGUGUAUAGGAGAUGGAGAUGCAGAAUGAGAUGGGAGAUGAAACAGCAGAAUGAGAGCGCAAUGGAGAGUGAGAGGCAGAAUGAGAGUGUAUAGGAGAUGGAGAUGCAGAAUGAGAUGGGAGAUGAAACAGCAGAAUGAGAGCGCAAUGGAGAGUGAGAGGCAGAAUGAGAGUGUAUAGGAGAUGGAGAUGCAGAAUGAGAUGGGAGAUGAAACAGCAGAAUGAGAGUGCAAUGGAGAGUGAGAGGCAGAAUGAGAGUGUAUAGGAGAUGGAGAUGCAGAAUGAGAUGGGAGAUGAAACAGCAGAAUGAGAGCGCAAUGGAGAGUGAGAGGCAGAAUGAGAGUGUAUAGGAGAUGGAGAUGCAGAAUGAGAUGGGAGAUGAAACAGCAGAAUGAGAGUGCAAUGGAGAGUGAGAGGCAGAAUGAGAGUGUAUAGGAGAUGGAGAUGCAGAAUGAGAUGGGAGAUGAAACAGCAGAAUGAGAGUGCAAUGGAGAGUGAGAGGCAGAAUGAGAGUGUAUAGGAGAUGGAGAUGCAGAAUGAUAGUGAGAGCUAGAGCAUUAAUAUUGUCAGGUUUUAAUACAGAAAGAGACUGCCAGGCAAACAGAGACAAAAUGAAAUUGCCUUAGAGAGUGAGGAGUAGAAAUUGUAGCAGAGUAAGAGUAACAGAUAAUUAAAGGGUGUGAGUAGGGUUGCCAGGUGACCAGUAUUCAACCAGACAAUCCAGUAUUUAGCACAAAAAUACUGGGCACUUUAAUGUCUAUUUUUAAUUAAUUUUUUUAAGUCUGAAUAUGAACAAAAUGUAAAAGGCCUCCUAUGCCUCAACGCAUUUCAAAUAUGAAUCAGCAUUACUGGCAGCCAAAUAAGUAAAAAUAUUUAUUAUAAAUAGGCCCCAUUGUUGUUUACACUUGGUCCCAUCCGAGCUGAUCCAUUUAAAAAAAAUGCAACUAUUCCAAAAUCCAAACCUUUUCCAAUCCCAAGCAGUUUGGAUAAAGAGUCUUCUACCUGUAAUACAAGAGAUCCUACAGAAGAUUUGAAUAGAAAAGGUCACCAGCAAAAGCAGCAACAACAAAAAACAUGAAAGAAUUCCAAUAUAUAUGGAAUAAUGUGCUUUAGAUGAAUAAACGAUGAAUAAGAUUUUGAUCUCAUAUAUAAGAUUCAGGAUAGUUAAUUUUUGCUAUGCAUUUAUUUACUUUAACUCCUUGACUGCCCAGAACACAGGCAAUUAUUUGGGAUAAACCAAUGCUGUAAAACACACCACAGUUGAACACAUACAAACAAACACAUUUAAAUUGAUUGCCCAGAACAUACAGGGGAAUAAGGUGGUUAAAUCAAAGCUGCAUAACACACCAAUAGCUGUGACUCCACCCACUGAUUGCAAUUCAGUUAAUCAUGAGUUAACCUCUUAAAUACCCCUUACUUUGCAAUCCAUAGAGGGCACCAACCUUUGCAUUGGUGGGGUAUUAGUUGAAGGGGUAAAGUGGAAAAAGCAAUGUGCAUGGAGAUGUGGCUGCCAGGCAGUGGUGGUGCUUUGCUGGUGCAGGCCACAAAGAAAAGAGGAACGGCUGCGAGUCCUAAAUCUCUCCCAAGUACUGGGAACUAUGGCCCAAUUUUUAAAAAAAAUGGUAUUUGUCAAGCCCUGGUGUAAUAAAUUAACAAUCUUUGGAAAAAAAUUAAAUUAAAUCUGUACAAGCCGCACACAGUAGAUCUGGAAAUAGUGACUUUGAAGGUUGUUUCUUUAACAUCUAUACUAUUGGGUGUAGUAGCAAUCAUAAAUAGUUGUAAAGCAGCAAUCUUUCUUUUCUCCUAAUUUAUGCCAGACCUACCAGAGCCCUAUAAUAAAUGAGGAAAUAUGUUCCUUGCCCAGAUGACAAUAUCCUGUUGCCAGGGCACUGGUGAUUACAGAACAUUAAAGUUAGACAUAACUGUGCUAUACUAAAAGAAAUGAUAUGUACAAAGCCCUCAGUAAUCAUGUGCAAGCGUGCACAAAAUCACACAGAGGACAAGGUGAUAUAAACCAUGGAUGAUGUUAGAUUCAGUGACUGCUCUUAAUAUUCUCCUGAUCACAAGAUAUGCAAAUACAAUGCAAUAAUUUAUUAUGAAAAAUACACUUAUUGUGCAGUUUGCACAUAUAAAAUGAAUACAUUUUGGGAAAAAAAGUGCUAAUUUCUGACACUUUGGCAAGAGAAUUAAAAAAAAAAUGAGAAAACUUCCUAUUAAUGUGUGGUAUGGCUAUGUUUUCUAUUCUGUUUCAUGUGCUGGUUUGUGCAGUUGCGAUGAAUUUGUUGAAGAAAGCGUAAUACUUGAAUUUUGGUCCGUUUUUACUUUUUUUUCCAGAGAUAUUUUAAUUAUAUUUGCAACUGUGCCAAAUGUACGUUCUAAGAAAGCAGAAUUAUUCUGCCUUCUCACAGUUAACUGCAUGUCACUGUUGUUUUGCAUUCCAGCUUUGCUGGCAGUGCCUAGAAUCGCUAACCAGCUUCUGAUUUUGUGGGAGAAUCUAUUUAUUUAAUUUUAGCCAUGGAUUAAUGGGGAUCACCUCUAAUGCAGUGUUGAAUGGGCUUUCAUUAUCUUUAAUGGGAAUUCUCUCUUCUUGGGGGUGUUUAAAAUAAGAUUAAAUGGUCAGGAUUCACAUUUUAGUUUUGAUUGAAUUUGUAGAUUGAAAUUAUAACCCAGUGACUAAUUUAACCUCUUUUCUGUCAGACAGACUUGUGAUUGAUUGCCGUGCAGUAUAUUGUAGCCUGGUUGUAGCCUGGUCUGAAAGUAAAUGGGUUAAACAGUAAGUGCAAUAUCUGAGAUACUGGUAUUGGUUAUGCAGCUUUCACAAUUUUAAAUGUCAAGAUCUAAUUAUGUUUUUAAUUUUCAUGUUUGAUUUGAUGUGUAUUGCGUAGUCUCAAUCAAGGGUAUGUACAAUGUAAACCAAAAUGUAAAUUCCUUGUUUACACCAUUAAAUGGUUCUCUCUUA